AAUUUUCAUUGUCAGUUAGUGACGUGCCAAUCUACCCAUGCUAAAGAAUUUUUAAAAAAAAUAUUUAACAGCGUUCACUUUAACUCAUUCUAUCGAACAUUUAAAUAAGCAAAUGAAACAUGACAAAGGAUAGUAAAACAGUCUCUACGAUUAGAAGGAGAAAGGGGAAGCAAGUAGCGUUGGCGCUGCAAAAGAUAAAAGAUGAAAAUCCAAAAAAGUCUAUUAAAACAGAAGAGCAAGUUGCUGCUAUCGAAAUCGAGGAGAAAUGUUACCUUUUUGAUAACAGGGUAAUAUUUUUCUUCCAUUAAUGGCAUUAGGCCUAUAUUAAUAUUUCAGAAGUUUUAUACUUAUUUUCAUCCCAUAUAUAGAAUCCCUUUUCAGGCCUAACUAAUUUAAGUAAUUAUUAUUAAUUAAUUAUUGUCUGUUUUUUUAAAUAACAGUAAAGUGAGUUAUGGUAAAAGUAAUAGGUCUUAUUUUAUUCAUAAACUUUUAAGUUUCUGACAGUUUUCUAAAUAAAUUUUAGUGAAAGUAAAACUAAAUUCUUGAUUUCAUGCCUUAACUUGGUGAAUGGAUAAAUUUGAAUUGUAUAUUAGUUAUUAGUAUUAGUAUUAGUACUUACUACUCAAGAUCGGCUUUCUUUCUUUUAAUUUAAUGUGUCAGAGUCAGUAUUCAUGUUUUUACAUUUUUUGGCCUUUUUUCGCAUGCUACACCUACAUUUUGCAAGCGACACACAGUUUGGAAAGCAUUUUUAUGGGCAGUAAUUGUUCAUUUUCUUAAAAUUAAACUAUCACUUUAAUAAAUAAUUUAUUUGAACAUUUUUUGAUAAACUCAAAAACUUAUAUAAAUUAUAAUAUAAGCUAUAAUCUUAAGCUUCUACUGAUUUAUUUUUUCAUAUGUCUUAUUCCCUGAAACUGAAAUUCAUUAAUAAUUUGCAGUAAGUAGGCUAUUAUUUAAUACAUUUUAAUUUCAUUACAACACCAACUAUAUAAUUCUAGAAGAUAUCUAGACUACCUUAUUUAAAAUAAUAAAUAAUUAAAAUAUGUGUCAUCCAUCAAUGUAUCAAUAGCAACAUAUAAUUAUGGACAUAAAACUAAAUCAACAGGUAUUUGGCCCUACGAUUCUGAGACAGUUGAUGUACAACACCCACUCACUGUACCUAGCACUUUUAGCAAUACGAUCUGCCAAUGCUUUGCUUAUUCAAACACAGUAUGUUCCAGAUGAGUAUUGGCAAUCUGUUGAAGUUGCUCAUAAAAUGGUAUUUGGGUAAGUAAACUUAUAUACAGUGUAUAGGUUUUUGUAGCAUAUGAAUUAUAAGCUAAAGAGGAAACAAAUAUUUUUUAAACUAAUCAUGGAUAUUCUAAUUUUAUUUGUUCAUAAGUUAGUUAUUACAUAUUUUUUUUCAAUAAUAAAAGUUGGGUGAAAUCUUGUAAAUUUCCUCUUUAAAAGUAUGAUCAUUUAAGGAUUAGCAGGCCCUCAUUAGCUUUAUUUGUACCUUAUUUUAACAUUUUCUGCAGUGUAUGCCAAUACAAGCAUUUUGCACUUAUAUUUUUAAAAAUAAUGGUUAUAGACUAUUGAGAUAGAUAUAAAAGAUUUCUUUUUAUAUUGAUAUUAAUAACAACCUUCAUUCUCUACUCAGGUAUGGUUAUCUGACAUGGGAAUGGAGAGAGGGACUCAGAGGCUAUUCUUAUCCUCUCAUCUUUGCUUUUUUCUUCAAAAUAUUGGAGUUCUUGGGAUUAGACUCAAGAAUGAUGCUGGUAUUAAGUUAAUGCAUGCAUUGAACUUCUUUGAUUUGAAAAAAAAAUGGAAAAAAAAAAUGUAUGAAAUAAUUAAUUGCAUUUAAAAUCAUAUUGAAUUCAUAGAAUUCCUUCAAAAAACCAACUGACCUAACAACUUUACACUUGUCACACAUACAAUCCUUAGAAUUUAUCAACUUACUUAAAAAAAGGUUUUAAAUUUAGUUUUUUCUAUUUCUUUUGGCAAUUUAGAUAAAGCUUCCGAGGCUAAUACAAGGUGCAAUAGCUGCAUACGGUGAUCUUCAACUUUACAAACUCUCUUCCAAACUCAGUGGGCGAGCCACUGCUCAAUGGUCACUCUUAUGUCAGGUAAGAAUUAAAAUGUUAUUUCACAUAUUUGCAAAGUAGAAAAUGUGUAGAUGAGUCCAAAUAUGGAUCUUAAAACAAGAUCAUUUUCAAUCAUUAGUUAAAAGCAAGAAGCAAUAUGUUUUGUUCAAUGUGGACAAGUGUCCUGGGAAGGAUAUACUUUAUAUAAAUUUGUGAUUUCCAAGAAUUUGCCAUACAUGACUGAGGGAAAAAAAGUGUAUUGGGGAUCAUUAACAUAGAAAUAAGUUGUCACUCAAGGUUAUUAUGAGAGCAUAGAUAAUGACAGUGCUAUUUAGGUUUGGAAGAUUAAAAAAAGGUGUGGUUUUAGAUGAUUCUUGAGAUUUAUUUAUAGUUAAGUAGGGUUUUAAAUACAAAAUUAUUUCACUCUGUUUCAAAGUUAGGUCUGCAGAUUUUCAAACUAAAAACAUAAUAUUUUGCCAUAUGCAUAACAGGAACAGAAUUUUAUUACCGGCUUUCAUUAGCAGUUAAAAAUUUAGGGGAAAGAACUCUAGAAAUUCAUGAAAAACAACUUUCUCAAUAUGAGUACCAUUCACCCCUUGAGGCAAAGUCACCCCAUAUCACCCUAAGCUUCCCCCCACCACCCCCCCCCCCCCCCAAAAAAAACCAACACCUAAAAGUUGACUUAAAAAAAAAUUUAAUUGUUAUCCUUACCAAAGUUAACUUAGCUUUUAAAAUCAAUAUUCUCAGCUCUUUUCCUGGUUCACAAUUUAUUGCUGUACAAGAACGCUGACCAACUCAACUGAGGCAACACUCGUCAUUGCCUCCCUAAGUUAUUUCCCUUGGCCUGACUAUCCGUCGUAAGUAUUUAUUGCUGUUGGUAAAUCCGUUACCUCAAAAUCUCAACUUGUUAAAAUUUUGGACCAACACAUUUGUUGCUGGUGGAUCAUGAUUUUAAAGUUCACCGUGUGAACUGAAUUUAUUUCAUUUCAGAAAAUCCAACGACGUGUAUAAGUUUUUAGCUCUAGCUGCACUCUCCGUCAUUGUGAGGCCGACAUCUGCUCUUGUUUGGAUAUUCUUAUGUGCUUGGCAUUUGCAGCGUGUCCGUGGCUCACCAGUGUUUUCAGGAGUGCUCAGCGCUUAUGUUACUGUUGGGUAAGCAUCAGACAACACCCAUCAGCUUAACAAUUUUAGCGUUCUACAAACUAGAUGUCAUGUUAGUUGUUGCUACUUUUUUAAAAUAAACUCUCAUUAAGGAGAUAGUAUGUUCAUACACUGACAAUGCAGUAAUGUUUAUUGAAUAAAGACUUAAAGAUGAUCACAUUAUGAAACUCUUAAUAUAACUGUAACAACAACAAAAAACAUAACGGAGAAAUAGUGAUGUUUGAAAAAAAAAAAACGGAGGUUACAAUUAAACUUUAGAUAACGGAAGACUUUCAUUUUCAUGAACUGGUUUUGUGAGCAUGGUCGGGUAGUGGAUGGAACGUGAUGAGUCGGUAUGAAUUGUUGACCUAGGGCUAGUUAUGUGAUUGGUUGCGUAGUAAAUGGCCAUAAACAAGUGAGGCGAAUGAAUGCUGAGGGAACACGGGGUCGCAUUCGCAAGCUCGUUAUCAUAGUUGUCGUCGUAAGGUGUUAAGUUAUUUUGAGGUCAGCAUUCCUGAGUGUUCUGUUGUCAGCAGGUGAUAGUGAACUCAGAUUGGAGUGUCCGCUGAUAGGAAGGAGUUUUCAUUAUGUGCAGCUUGUGGCAUUGAACACAGUGCAGUAUUAAAGAAGAACCUGUAAUUAACUUGUUAUUCUCAGUUGUUUGACUGAUUAUCGAUAAUUUAAUGAGGAUGAAAGUGUAAAUAGUGCAGGGCUGUUCACGCUCAGACAACACAGAGCCUGUUCAGUAAUUGAACCUACUGAUGGAGUUUAUCGACUGUGAGAUGCAAGAUGACAAGGACUGACAGCUCAUCUAUUAUAACAAUGUCCUUAGACAUGCAGUUUUAUUGCUUUAAAAUAAAAAAAAAACAUUUAAAAAUAUUAUAUUUACAGAAUUCUUGCUCUUGGAUCUUCAGCUGUUAUUGACCGUAUUUGGUAUGGAUAUUGGACGUUUGUUCAGCUCAAUUUCCUUCUGUUCAAUGUGAUAAAAGGUGGUGCGAGUAUUUACGGUGUGCACCCCUGGCACUGGUAUUUCUUUCAAGGUUUUCCUGUCAUCCUGGGAACCUUCAUCCUCCCAUUUAUUGUUGGAGUGUGGAGGGCCAAGAACAAGGCUUUGGCGUGGAUAAUAUUUUGGAUACUUGCUACCCACAGGUUAACUCUUUUUUUGGUUUAUUGAUUUAAAGCUGACAAUUUUUUUUUUAGGACAAUAUUGUAAAAAUUAAAAAAAAAAAAAAAAAAUUUAAAAACCGCCCAUCAUAUAAGUAAACCUACAAUAUAUUCUCACAAUGCUAUUCAUUUUUAAAAAAAAAAAACAGCUUUCUCCCACACAAAGAAUUUCGCUUCAUUCUGCUGGCCCUGCCCAUGGCCAUGCACUACUGUGGGGUCUACUUCCAGACUCUCUGCACACAGCCACCCCUCAAAAAAUUCAUAAGGUUGGCUAAAGAAAAAAGAAAGAAGGCAUCAGAAGCCAAAGUUGAUAAAGUCGCUGCUGGAUGUGAGGAAAAAACAGACUCUGGCCAAGCCCCAGCAGAAGUGGGCAAUGACAAUGUCUCAGAUGACCAGGGUGAUGAUAAAAAAACCAAAGGAAAUGAAGUUGACAAAACUGUCGAUAGCUCGGGAGAUGCUGUCAGGGAUGACAUGCCUAAGGCAGAGAAACAAAAAUCUGAGAAAGAGGGUGAGGAUCUGUUGAAAGAGGAUGAACUAUCAGACACUCUUGAUCCACUGAUUCCUGAGAAAAAAUUGUUACAUCUGGACACUGGGGCCAAAUCUGUGGAAGAAUUUAAUGCUCACGUAAGAUUUCUUUAAAAUGAAGUAAAAAUUUGACUCAUAGCAAACAAUAUUUUUCUCCUGAACAGAUAUUCAUAAUUAACAUAAAUUUAAUGUGUAAGUUUUAAGAACAUUGUUAACCCUUGACAAGAAUCCAUUAUAAGAAACAUUUAAGUCUAUUGCAUCAAGUGGUCUUCAGUUCAACUAAAUAAUUGCUUUGCAAUAAGUUAGUAUUAAAAAAAAAAAUGGGUUUGAAAAAUUUCAGACGUUGUCCCUAUCAUAACAGUGUUUAUCUCUGUCAAAUGUUUGAUGUUUACAACCUUAGGUACUUCGAGAUGAACAUCACAGGUACAACCUGGCCAAGGCUAAGUUUCUAAUACUUCUUCUUGCCUUGACAAACCUGCUGCCGGCCCUAUACUUCUGCCUCUUACACCAGAGAGGUACUGUCAUGGUGACCAAGUACCUGUAUGAUGCCAGUGUCAAGAAUCUCAACAUGAAUGUUCUCUUCCUCAUGCCCUGUCAUUCUACACCUUACUACAGGUUGGUCACACGCUAUGUAAACAGAAUGAAAACAUUUUUAUCCCAAAAAGACUUGUUUAGACUCAGCAGAUGUCCAGAUUCAGUUACAUUUUUAGGACAUAUUGAUUUCAUAAUUCAGCACCUAGAUGGUUUAAAAAAAAUUAUUUUCGAUAAAUUUUAUUAAAAAAAUUUGUUAAAUGUUGAAAAAAAAAAAAAAAAAAUUCAAACUUAAUUAAUCAAGAGAUAUAACUUUAUCUUACAGGAUGUCUCACAACACAAACCCUUAACCCUUUGACACCAGUGUUUAUAUUUCAUGUGUUUGUCAAAGUAGGCCAAACAUUGAAAAGAUUUAAGAACCUAAGCUUUUUAAAUGUAUAAAAUUAUGAAAGAUAAAAAAAAAUUACACUUAAGAAUUUAUUGUCAUAAAUAUUUAAAGAACUACAAAUAACUGGCCAAUGGCAGGAGGAAUGUGUGAACUUCCAACUUUUAAAGUUACUUGACAAAUCUUGUUUUCAAGUAAUGCACUUUUAAGAAUCCCAAUUAGUGCCAAUGUCUGGGAAUUUUAUUUUGCACACCUAUAGAACGCAGAGUUACAGCAAAGUAUACAUGCAUACCUAGAGAAUUAUUAUUCGUGGUUAAUCAAUUAGGGAUAAAAUGUAUUUUAUAUAGAAGGUAAACUCUUUUAAAAAUCUCCACAUUUUUAAUUUUAUUGGAAUUAUAUUUUCUUAAUUAAAGAUGUUUAAGAAUAAGUUAUUUUCAUACUAAUAAAUAAUCCCGUAAAAUAAUGAGGAAAUAAACAAUGUGAAAUAAAUUUAGAUACUUUGAAGGAGGACAUUCCACAUUUAACACAGCUCUCCACUUCACUCCUGCUCAAACCUUCACUGAAAUCCAUUAUCAUCCCCAACUGUGGAUAUUUUGUCAUUUUCAUAAUUGUAACCUCUAUCAAAAUUUUUUUUAAAAAGAAACAACCUCGCCAUUCAACAAAUCUGCUAACCAGCACUGGACCAAAUUAUUAAAAUAAUGUCAAUUGCUAUUAGAAAUGUUAGCAACUAGAAGUGAAACCUUACUAUGAUGGUAAACAGCGACUGGUUAUAGUUGUACUCUACAUUCUCUCAACUUUCAAGCUUACUUUUAAUGUGAUUGCCACUCAAGUCUAAUGCAAUAAAAAAAAAAAGUUUGGAUUUAAAUUCCACUGAAGGCAAAGGGGAUUAGAAAUUUCUUGUCACCUCCAAUGGUUUAUCCACACAAUGUCAUUUCAACUCUAUAAAUUAUCAUGUUAUUUAUUACAAUUCUAUUUUAAAAAAAAUUAUAUUGUCAACAAUGUCAUUAUAAAAAUACUGACUAAAAUUAUUAGAAAACCUUGGUGUUGAUUAUGAACAAAGACUAUUUUUUAACACCUGCCCAAAGUUUAAAUUAAGUUCAAUGCCCUCUACAGUUACAUUCAUCUGAAUGUCACCAUGAGGUUCCUGACCUGUGAACCCAACCUGCUGGGCCACACAAACUACACAGAGGAGGCUGAUCAGUUCUACCAGGACCCCAAGGCCUGGCUGCUCAAAGAAUACUCCAGCUCUAAGCGAGUUUGGCCAACACACCUCGUCUACUUCAACACGCUGCACAAUGAAAUCCUCAGCGUGUUGACACAAGGCGGCUACAAACUGUGUGAGCAGUUCUUCCAUACUCACGUGCCGGAGGGAAGGGUUGGUGAAAGCGUUUUUGUCAGCUGUAGGUGAGAGGUCAGGGUCAGAGUUCAUAAUGCGUGGCCAUCACAGCUCCCCAUUUUAAUUGUAAUGCCGGGAGGAACUUGUUGUACAUAAUGUUGUUAGUGAUGAGUGACAACGAAAAGAGACAAUCACUGAUUUUAUCUCAUAGUUUAAGUUGGUUUAAAAUUUCUAACAAAUCUAUGACCAUCUAAUUAAAAAUUUAAAAAAAUUAAAGUGAUAAAAAAUAUGCAGUUCACACUGAAAUUACAAGAUGCAUUUACUUAAAUUGUUUUUUACAUUUUGUUGUGUCAUUUUUAAUGUUUUUGAAGUUGUUUUGAUUGAAAAUAAUUGAAGCUGAAAUUCUUUAGCUAUCAAAUUAUUU